AUGUCCUCGUUCACUACCCCUGCUUUGAUAUCUGCUGAAAGAUUUUACGCCGUUUUCUGGCCGCUGAAGCACCGAACACUUUCCACGCGAGAAUACAAGCUUGUUAUUUUGAUGGCUUGGACAUUGGCUACCUUAUUUUCUACGGCUUAUAUAUUGCUUUUCUGCUUGAGUCUGCGAGCUUUUUUCGCUUUCGCUACUUUAUACGGCUUGUUACUAAUUGUGACUAUUUGCGGCCUCAACAUCGUUACUUGGAGAAAGAUUCAGCAACAAUCUGUUCACUGUUACCAAAACAGACACAUGCAAAUCCAGCGUUUGACGAAAGCUCUGUCAUUAGUAUCUGUUGGUACCUUGAGUUCUUGGAUCCCCGCAAUUAUUAUUUAUUUGUUAAGAUUUUUCGGUCAAAACACAUCUUUAAACGUUCUCCUUUUCACUUAUUUUAUACAUUUUUCCAGUUCUUUUAUCAAUCCAAUGAUGUACGCAUUAAGAAUUCCUGAGUUUAGGCAAGGUUUGCAUUUGUUCUGUUUUAGAAGUCAGGAAAAUAGUAAUAAAGGAAGAAAUAAUAUGGCAGCC